AUGGUGAACUCCCCUGAAAAACCAAAGGUGUAUCAAGGUGUCCGGGUGAAGAUCACGGUGAAGGAGAUGCUGCAGCAGAGAAGGGCUCACCAGGCAGCCUCAGGGGGAACACUGUCCGGAGGGACCAGUGUCCACCUUUCAGAUCCAGUCACACCACCUUCUUCAGGUCAGUACAGCCAGCAUUACAUCUACUUUGAAACUGAAUCGAAUUCUUCCACGCCUAAUUAUUUUCAACCCCGAGAAUUUUCCAGUCGUGUUUCUUGUGAAGAAAGCCCAAGCUGCCUUGAUCAGAUUUUGGAUUCCUACCUUCAGACGGAGACACACCACGACCCUGUGCUCAAUGCCAUGCAAAGUACUCCCCACUAUUUCCAGGACAGCUUCCAGGCUGCCCCCUUCUACUCUAACCAGAGCCUGAUCCCAGGAUCACCUUCAGAUUCCUCCACUCUCUCUGGCUCCUUAGACUACAGUUACUCGCCAGCACAUCUACCUUCAUAUGCUGCAGAGAAUUACAAUUCUCCCCCUUCUCUGGACACCAGAAACUGUGGCUAUCCAUCAGAAGACUACUCCUACCCUCCCUUGCCCUCACAUGCCCAGUAUGACUGCUUCUUCCCAGCCCCUACCUCAGGCUGCUACUGUGUGUCCUGUGAGGCAGAACACUCGGCCACCGUCAGAGCAUCUGAGUGUUUUCCCUGUCCCAGCACAGACUAUGUGAACUUCGAUCCCUCGGCCGCAGCACCCAGUGAUUUCUAUACGAGAGAAACAAACUGUGACAUCUGCUAUAGUUCAUAG